AAAAUACUGAAUUCGUAUUUUUCAUGCUAUAAUUUAUACAAAAUUGUAUUAACCUUAAUGUUCGGUUGUGCUAACCUUAAUGUUCUACACUUCUACGAAACGAAGAUAGAGGAUUCAUAUACUGCAUAUAGUUUUACACAUUAUUAUUUUAAAAUGUGUUCUAUCAAAACUAUAGUAUGUUAAAAAAACAUCCACGUAUUUCUCAGAAAUGCCUCGAUCUAAAGCUUCCGAUCUACUUAAUGUACUCAAAGGAGUACAAAGGGUUACGAAUACUUUCAUAAAACAUCAGGAGGAUACAAUCAGAUAUAGAAUCACACACUCCAGUUUAAAAGAUAUACCGGAGAAGUGUUUACGAGCUGUAGGAAAAACAUUAACUAACACAGAGCCAAGAAAAGUUCCUGAACAGAUAAUAAAAGACUUGAAAGAAAUAACUGAACGUAUAAGUGUAGUUGAGAAAGGUAUUAAACAAUAUAUUAAAGUAACAACUAAUCGAACUUUUAAUAUAGAAAGUAAUGAUUAUACCCUCAAGAAAGAAACCAAGCUAUAUGUGUACAACACUGCGAAAGAUCCAAAAGAAUUGCCUAUUGAUGGAAAUGUCAUAUUACCAAAACACAAUAUUGACAAAUCUAUAACUCAAAAGUCUUUAAAAGACAUGCAAAAUGAUACAACAAAAAAAUACAUGAGUGUAAAGGAAAAAAUCAAGACUAUUAGUAAUUUAGAUAAAGAUGAAAUACCUGACUUAGAAUUCUCUGAUAAAGACAAAGAAAUUUUAAGAAAAUUGGAAUUAGAACAUGAGAAAAAGAUUAAAAACAGGAUUGUAGGCUCUGCUUAUUCUACAGUUAAAACAUAUGAAAAGGAAAAUGUACAUAUGGAAAUGAAUUCUAAAGAAAAACCUAAACUAUCAGUUAGACCAAAGCAAUGUUUAUCACCUACUGCUAAAGAAAAAAAAGUUCCUUCUACAAGAUUGCAAAGAAUGGUGAGUUUUGGUACUUUAGGGAUCGGUCUUGGUCUUGGUACUGCCGCAGAAUAUACACGAAGGACAUUGGGAUUAAAGGGGCAUAGUAUUGGAGAUACAGUUGACAAUAUGUUCCUUACUAAAGCUAAUGCAGAAAGAAUAGUUUCAACGUUAUGUAAAGUAAGAGGUGCAGCUUUAAAAAUUGGUCAAAUAUUAAGUAUCCAAGAUAAUACUAUCAUAAGUCCCGAAUUGCAGAAAAUUUUUGAAAGAGUCAGACAAAGUGCUGAUUUUAUGCCAACUUGGCAAGUAGAGAAAGUGUUGACUAAUGAACUUGGACAUAAUUGGAGAAAUAAAUUGGCGUUCUUUGAAGAAAAGCCAUUUGCUGCAGCAUCUAUUGGACAAGUUCAUCAUGGUACAUUAUUGAAUAAACAAGAUGUAGCGAUAAAAAUUCAGUAUCCUGGUGUAGCUAUGGGUAUUCAGAGUGAUAUUGAAAAUUUAGUAGGCAUAAUGAAGGUGUGGAAUAUGUUUCCAGAGGGAAUGUUUAUAGAUAAUGUAGUGGAGGUUGCGAAACGGGAACUGGCAUGGGAAGUGGAUUAUACAAGGGAAGCAGAGUGUACGAAAAAAUAUAAGAAGUUAAUAAUGCCUUAUCCAGAAUAUUAUGUGCCUACAGUAAUAGACGAUCUGUCUACAAAACAAGUAUUUACAACAGAGAUGAUAGAAGGUAUACCUGUUGACAAAUGUAUAGAUAUGGAUAUUACAAUUAAGGAAUAUAUAAGUGAACUACUCAUGCGUCUGAGUCUAAAAGAAUUAUUCGAAUUUCGAUACAUGCAGACUGAUCCAAAUUGGUCCAACUUUUUUUACAAUCUUGAUACAAAACAGUUAAUUUUACUGGACUUCGGAGCAUGUAGAACAUAUGACAAAAUAUUUAUGGAUAAAUAUAUAGAAAUCAUUAAUGCUGCAAGUGAAGGAAAUCGCAAUAAGGUACUACAAUUAUCUCAAGAGAUGAAGUUUCUUACUGGAUAUGAGUCCAAGAUCAUGGAGGAUGCUCAUGUAGAUGCAGUCAUGAUUCUUGGACAAGUAUUUGACAAUAAUCAUGAGUAUUAUGAUUUUGGUGGUCAAGAUGUAACAAAACGAAUCCAAGUUUUAGUGCCAACUAUAAUAAAUCAUAGAUUAUGUCCACCACCCGAAGAAAUAUAUAGUUUACAUAGAAAAUUAUCUGGAAUAUUUUUGUUAUGUGCAAAACUUGGAACGAAAAUCAAAUGUCGCGACAUAUUCCGCGAAAUUUAUGCUAAUUAUAAAUUUGGUUAAUAGAUAUUUAUUAAUAUUAUACAUA